AUGAGGAGCAAGAUUGCCGAAGACGAUCGUUAUGUCAAGACUUUGUUGAGCUUUAGCAAUUUGUUCAAGGCAAGCCUGAUCGACGAGGCCGAGAAGACCAGAAGAGAGAAAGAAGAAGGGAGUGGGAGAGCUAUGUCUGAUGCUAUGAGGAGGCAGCCAAAUUCUUUAGGGCAGGGACCAUAG